AUGUCUUCCACAGACGUCCACGAACAAGAAAUAGACGCGCGAUCCCGCUCCGCACUCGCCUCAACACGGCGCAAUCUACGCUACCUGUACGACCCCAAGACCGCGCCCAACGCCGUAUCCUCACGCCGCACGCGCGCACUCCUCCGCGUCCUACGUUCCGGCGUCAUAUUCGCGUUCUGGAAACUCGUCCGAUAUGCGAAAUACGUUGCGAUCGGGUCACUGGUCGCGACGAUAGGUGCUGGAGCUUUCGGCACAGUGGUUAGUGGGGCGGGGUUCGUGUUGGCGCCGACGGGCAUUGCGGGCACGAUUUUCGCGGCGACGGUUUGGGGCAUUGGGAGGUUUGCUGUUAAGAAGGUUAAGAAGAGGUGGGGUGUAGGACAGGAAUUGGAGGAUGAGGAGGAAGAGACGUGGCAGGAUAGGAGAUAUGCGGCGCAAAGGGUGGAUUUCGGAGCGGAGGCUAUGCCUUGGUGA